AUGGCUUACAUUCCGAUUGCUAAUGACUCCAAAGGCCCUCAGACCAUAAUAGAUCCAGACGCGCUAGAGAUGAAGUUGACGCAUGCCGCUCCAUACAGAGAAGUCUCUCCAUUUGACGAAGAAUUUACCGAAGACUACAAACGCCAUGCCUACAAUUAUCAUGACACACUGAUCGAAAUGGGGGGAAGACCGACUCGGCCAGUGCUAGAGAAGCCAGCUGGGAAUGCAGUAUACGAGAAAGACGAGAUUCGCAUCAUGGAUAAUCAUGGAGGAUUUCAAGGUACCAUCGCGAUUGACGAAAACCUUACACAUCACCACUGGACUGAGGAAUGCGAUCGUUUCUACGAGGAGUUGGAACGAUGGAAGGAGUUCCGGGAUCAUCAGCGAGAUACAGAAGAUCAACCUUUGUUGAAGACCGCCAUCGACCCAGAGAAUACGGACCAGCGAUUAGUGAAGGUAUUGGUCCGAUUGAAUGACUGGCGGGAAUUUCAACAUUACCAGCAAGUGAAGGUUGGCCGUGCGGCUAUGUUGACGUGGAAAGUCACGCGAGUUCUAGAGAAGAUCGUGCGUAAAGAGGCUGUAUCUGACGAAGCUACUUCAAGCCCGAAAACCCAAUAUACAAUUGACACCUGCCUUGAUCAGCUCUUUAUACGACAACAGGGUUUAGAGACCUCGGAAAUGCAGCUCACAUGGAUCGAGAGCCAAAUUCCUGAGAUACUCUCAGAAGCUUGUGCCUCACUACAGGCUACUCUUCCUCUUCAACGACAACUUGAAAUGAAUUUAGAACAACAGGCCAAUGCUUACCACCAGGAAUUGGAGGCUUUGGAAGCCAGACCGGAUGCUUCAGUGCGGUCCCCUCACCAAUCUGCAGGCUUUGCCCAGAGGCUCUGCCAUUGGGGCUCCGAGAUUUGUCGGCUUAUGAAGGAAUUAUGGGAAUGGAAGAUCUUCUUGAGAUGGCGAAAAACCAAGCCGUAUACAUCUCAAACAGGGACCCUCGAAGAACAGGAAUCAAGUGGACGCUCAUCAGAUUUACAGAUCUGGGUAGACUACGUUGCUUAUCGACGAUACCAGCUUGACAGGACCCAAAGUUGGGUCGCAAGCUGGCAACGCCUACUGAAGUCAAACGAGGACGACAUGGAGACUGCUCCGAAAGGUGGCCUGGGGUUACUCGUCCUUCAAGAUUGCACCGCAACGGUACGAGCAAAUGUAAAGAAGUUUCAACAAGACAUUCACACCGCCGAAUUUCGACUUCGAUUGGCAGAGCAACAGUUAGCCGAGUUUUCCUCGCACGAAAGCUCUUCGGCUACAGCCCAGGUCAGGCAACAAAGCACCGGGCAUCCGCGAUUGCCGCCAAGUUCGCUAGAAUCAAAAUCACCUGAGAGUAUCCCUGGGGAUCUCAAACUCACAGACUUGGGCAGCUCCCCUACAAAAGUCCAUCGAUUGAGUGGGUCGACCAAUUCACCCAUCAGUGGGAUCCCAGGUUUGGUUCAGCCGUCGAAGGGCAAAAUCAACGAGAAACAGCCGGUCACUGUGGCCGAUGUUCUUGUUCCAGAUCAAGUCAUCCUUGAUGAUGCCAUUCAAAUUACAGAUACCGCUGAAAACUCGUAUCCACACGACGGCGUUCGGAGAACGCGAAGGAGCAAGAUCCGUAGACAUUUGGAGGAGUAG